AUGGCAUUAGCUAAGGCAAGAAGAGGAGACGCCACAUCUUUAACGAAGGAACUUCGUGAAUUUUCAGCAAAGUAUGUGAAAAUUUCUGAAUUAAACAAGACUCGCACCAGAACGCUGGUCAACGAUUACAUUGAAAACCAGAUCAUAGAGUUCUGUCGACAGAAGUCCGAACUUCAGAUUAUGAAUCUACAGUACACUGGAAGUUUUUACGAAAGGUUGAAAACUGAAGCUGCCGAUGAAGUAGACAUUAUGGUAAUACUGGGAACGCCAAGCUCAGAAAUCGAGGUCAUAGCAUCCGAAGUGCCUGGGUAUGUCCGUCUAAGGGCAAGAGGUGAUCCGAUUUUCUGCAAGUAUUUGGGUCAUGAAGGUUAUCUUGACCCUAAGAGCUUUCGAGAUCGUUGGUUCCAAAGCAUCGUUCAGCGAGCAGUGAAUAAUAUCAAACCUAAAGAACCGUUCUCUGACGUUCGUCUGGUUGUGCGUACCCACGGACCAGCUGUCCAAGUGGACAUUCUUAGGAAAGGAUCUAAAGAGAAGUUAUUAUCAGUUGAUCUCGUCCCUUGCUUCCACGUCAAUGAUAGCUGGUAUGUGCCCAAGCCAUUUAAAGGGAAAAGAUUUGUUUUCAAUCACAAGGUGUUUUGGAGGCAGUCGUUUUCGUUGGAGGAGAAGCAAGUACUUGAGAACAUGGACCAGCAAGACCAUGGCUGUAGGCACGAGCUUCUUCGAAUCGUGAAAACCGUGGUUAAGAGGCAGGUGACAUCAUUACCACUAGAUUCCUACUACCUGAAGACCGCCUUUAUGCACUACAUAGAGAGACAUAGCCAAGACUGGGUGAGCAGAGAAGCUUUAGGGAAACAUUUCCUUGGAUUUCUUGGAGAAGUGCAGUUAUAUCUGAGGAGCGGAAAUCUUCCCCACUAUAGUUUACCUGAUGUAAACCUUCUAAAUGAUUUCAAGGAAGUAGUUGUAAAGCAAAUGGCGAAUCGUCUGAAAAGGAUCCUGAAUAGUGAAGCGAGGUUGCAAAAGAUUCUUAUAUAGCUUAUAUGUGCGAAUGAACAAAGACUGAAAAUUUGACUAAACUACCUUGAAACAACAAUAGUAUAUAAAUCUUAUACUUCUUACAGUAUAUGUGAAGUAUACAGACAUCUGUAAUGACAAAAAGGUCAUCCUUUCACGAGUGUAAGAAUCUAUACACGUACCUUCCACAGAACAUAUCAGUACCUUCCUACUUCAUGCAGUAUACAUCAUAUAUACGGACUGUUGUUUCCACACAAUGUGCCCAGGCCUUUUAAAGGGAAAAGAUUUGUUUUCACUCACAAGAGUUUCUGGAGCCAGUCGUUUUCGCUGGAGGAGAAGCAAGUACUCGAGAACAUGGACCAGAAGGACCAGAAAGACCAUGGCUGUAGGCACGAGCUUCUUCGAAUCGUGAAAACCGUGAUUAAGGGGCAGGUGACAUCUUUACCACUAGAUUCCUACAACUUGAAGACCGCCUUUAUGCACUACAUAGAGAAACAUAGCCAAGACUGGGUGAGCAAAGAAGCUUUAGGGAAACAUUUCCUUGGAUACCUUGGAGAAGUGCUGUUAUAUCUGGAGAGCGGAAAUCUUCCCCACUGUAAUUUACCUGAUGUAAACCUUCUGAAUGAUUUCAAUAAAGUAGCUGUGAAGCAAAUGGCGAAUCGUCUGAAAAGGAUCCAGAAUAGUGAAGUGAGG